UUGAAAUUGCAGUUCAGUCUUGUCGUGGAUGCAGCGCGGAUCGAUAUCGGAGCCAAGAACAGCGGAAGGCGCUGCUUAGCAAAUUUCGACACACAAAAUUUUUCUACCCCUCAAAAUUAAACCGAAAAAUCAGCAAAAAUUACUUCUCCUACUAAAACAAAAACGCGUCGUGCUAAAAGCCAAUCCAAACUGUUACAUAAAAUAAAACCGACUGAGCUAACGCUCAAAUACUACAUAAUAAUUGUGUAAUUGAAAAAAUCAAAGUGUGUGCAAUAAAUAAGUCAUAUUUAAUCAAUAAAUCAAUCGAUACACAUAAAUAACUUAUAAAAUAACUUAGAAAAGUACCCUUUUAGGGGCAUUUGGAGUGAGGUGCUUAGAAAUUUUUUCGCGACAUGCAGUGAAAAUUUUUUCCGAUUUUUAGUAUGUACAUGUACGUUGUAGCGCUCGUGGGCGCCACGGAAUCGGGUGGCAGGGGUAUCCCGCGAGCUUUUGGCCAGACCAUAACCCCCAGUAUUGGUAGUACAGCCGACUCUGUCCGAAUAACGGUUGUCUGACCCUGCAUCGAUGCGAAAUAUGUGCCCGUUUUUAAUUAGUUUGCCAAGCAUUAAGAAAAACAAGCGUACAAAAUGCCAAAAUCUUACCAUUAAGGACCAAGAAACCAGUCGAAAUUACAAGCAAUAAUCAGUGCAGUGCCGUUAACAGUGGACGAGUAUCGUUAACAGUAUUGUUAACUCUCCUCACCGAGCUUUCGCUCUCCUGCGCUCUCCCGCUCUCUCUUUGGCAGGCGCGGAUAAAACGGAUUCCCGACUAGCACCAACACAAGGACACGCGAAAAGCUCGCGCUCAAGGACUGGAAUACGCGAGAAGAGAGAGAGAGUGUCCCUUUACGUUUACGCGCGCAACGUGCGUAGGUGCCUCUGUGUGGGUGAGCAGCCUGUGUGUGAAUGAAGGCGCCACAUAGUGCAACAUAUCAGGAUAACUAUGCUCCUGCGGCCAUGACAGCCAGAAGACGACAGCCGAACAUGGACAGGGAUCAGCAGCGGGAGCUGCGGCUCCUGCCCGCCCAGCGCAGCAACGGCCAUGCCUCACCCUCCAACACCUCCGCCUCCGCCUUCGCAUCCCCGGACUUGCGGUUCAACAAGGCUCGUCGCCGGCGGAGAAGUGAGCAAGUGCCUCCGGUAAUCGUGGAAUACCGGCGCUCGUACCGCGUGCUCAUCGUCAGCGCCCUGCUGGUCAGCCUGGCGGCCAGUUUCGUGACCCUGAGCGCUGGCUUCCAGCUGGACGGAUCCCAGAACUCCUUCUACACGUUCCGCAAGUGGUACACCGGCCUGAACGGAACCCUCGAACUGGAAUUCAAGACGGAGCAGCCGAACGGAUUGGUCCUCUACACCGACGACGGUGGCACCUACGACUUCUUCGAACUGAAACUGGUGGAGGGAGCCCUCCGGUUGAGAUACAACCUGGGCGGCGGGGCCCAGAUCAUCACCGUGGGCAGGGAGCUGCACGAUGGCCACUGGCACAAGGUGCAGGUCCUUCGAAACGACGAGCAGACCUCGCUCAUCGUGGAUGGAGUCUCGCAGCAGCGGUCCACCAAGGGCAAGGAGUUCCAGUUCGGCAAGUUCGCCAGCAACUCGGACGUCUAUGUGGGCGGAAUGCCCAAUUGGUAUGCCAGCAAGCUGGCUCUGCUCGCCCUGCCCAGCGUCAUCUUCGAGCCGCGUUUCCGGGGCGCCAUCCGGAACCUGGUCUACGCGGACCAGCCGGGCGGCUCCACCAGGCGCCAGGAGAUCAAGCAGCAGCGGGAUAUCAAGUGCGGCGAUGUGCCCUGCGACCACGGCGAGCUGCCCGCCCGCGAAAGGCCCCUCAGGGGCGUUCGUGGCAACACUACCGAUGCCUGCGAACGGAACGAUCCUUGCCAGCACGGCGGCAUCUGCAUAUCCACUGAUUCCGGUCCAAUUUGCGAGUGUCGAAACCUCGAGUACGAUGGCCAGUAUUGUGAGAAGGAGAAGGCGCCAUCGGAAGCAACGUUCCGCGGUACACAGUUCCUCUCGUACGACUUGGGCCAGACGGGCGCCGAGCCGAUAGUGAGUGCCCAGGAUGCUAUAUCCUUCUACUUUCGCACGCGCCAGCCGAAUGGCCUCUUGUUCUACACGGGCCACGGCACGGACUAUCUAAAUCUGGCGCUGCGGGAUGGAGGCGUCUCUUUGACCAUGGGAUUGGCCAACGGCAAGCAGGAGAUGCACAUCAAGCCCUCGAAGGUACGCUUCGAUGAUCACCAGUGGCACAAGGUCACCGUGCACCGCCGCAUCCAGGAGAUCUCCUCCAUCACCAGCUUCUGUCGGCUGGUCACUGUGGUGGACGACGUCUACACGGACCACUCGCACAUCGCCGGAAAGUUCACCAUGCUCUCCUCCUCGCGGGUUUAUGUGGGUGGUGCUGUUAAUCCCAGGGCUCUUUUGGGAGCCCGUGUCCACACCAAUUUUGUGGGUUGCCUGCGCAAAGUGGAGUUCUCGGCGGAUACGUUGAAUCUGAACCUUAUAGACCUGGCCAAGAGCGGCUCUAAGCUGAUCCAGGUGGCUGGCAAUCUGGAGUACCAGUGCCCAAGUGGAGAUCCACAGGAUCCCGUGACCUUUACCACCCGCGAAUCGCAUUUGGUUCUGCCCCCUUGGGAAACUGGCAAGCAGAGUUCUAUAAGUUUCAAGUUCCGCACCAAGGAACCCAAUGGCAUUAUUGUCCUGGCCACAGGAUCUAAGCAACCAAGAGCAAAGAAUCCCGUUUUGAUUGCCAUUGAGCUACUAAAUGGCCACAUCUACAUCCAUUUGGACCUGGGAUCCGGAGCCUCCAAGGUGCGAGCCUCGCGACGUCGCGUGGACGAUGGCGACUGGCAUGACCUGAUUCUCCGGCGGAAUGGACGCGACGCCAAGGUGAGCGUGGACGGGGUGUGGAACGACUUCCGGACGCCCGGCGACGGCACCAUCCUCGAGCUGGACGGGCACAUGUACCUGGGCGGAGUGGGGCCCGCCUACAAUAGCGUGGCCUGGCCGGCGGCCAUUUGGACGGCCACGCUGCGCCAGGGAUUCGUCGGCUGUUUGCGUGACCUGGUGCUGAGUGGCAAGGCGAUCGAUAUAGCGGCCUUUGCACGCGUCCAGGAUUCGGCCUCCGUGAAGCCAUCGUGCCAUGUGCAGGCCAACGUCUGCAACGGGAAUCCCUGCCUGAACGGAGGCACCUGCCUGGAGGGCUGGAACCGGCCCAUCUGCGACUGCUCGGCCACUUUGUACGGAGGACCCACCUGCGGAAGGGAGCUGGCCACGCUGGCCUUCAACGGCAGCCAGCACAUGACCAUCUGGUUGGGCAAUGGACAAGGAACCAAGACGCAGACCGAGGAGCUGGUCAUCCGUUUUAAGACCUCGCGUCCAGCGGGACUCCUGCUGCUGACCAGCGCCGAGUCCAACUCCCCGGAUCGACUGGAGAUCGCUCUGGUGGCGGGAAGGGUGCGGGCCAGUGUGCGGUUGAGUGACCGCGAGAAGAACCUGCUGGCCGGCCAGUCGGUGCUCAACGACAACAACUGGCACACGAUCCGGUUCUCGCGCAGAGCCUCCAAUCUGCGGCUGCAAGUCGACGGGGCUCCCCCCGUCAGGGGUAUGUUAUCCGAAACGAUCCUGGGUCGCCACAGCACCAUGGAGAUCCGAUCGAUCCACCUGGGCGGUCUCUUCCAUGCCGAGGAGGAGAUCCAGAUGACCUCCACCAUGCCGAACUUUGUGGGCCAGAUGCAGGGAUUGGUGUUCAAUGGCCAGCGCUAUUUGGACAUUGCCAAGAGCCUGGGACCCGAACUUUCGGCUCUGCCCAGUGCCACUUUUAAGUUGACGGCCCGCUUCGUGAACUCUCCGGCGGGGCAGCCCUACCAUGCGGCCACCUUCCGCUCCAAGCACUCCUACGUGGGAUUGGCCAUGCUGAAGGCCUACAACAGCAUCUCCAUUGACUUCCGCUUUAAGACCGUGGAGCCGAAUGGCUUGCUGGUCUUCAAUGGCGGACGACGCAACGACUUCGUGGCAGUGGAGCUGGUAAACGGACACAUCCAUUACACCUUCGACUUGGGCGAUGGACCGGUCACGAUGAGGGACAAGUCCCGCAUCCACAUGAACGACAACCGGUGGCAUCAGGUCAGCAUUAGGCGACCGGGACCCAAGACGCACACACUCACCGUGGAUGACUCGUUCGAGAUCGUUAGUCUAACUGGAAAUAACAUGCACUUGGAGCUGGCGGGUAUUCUGUACGUGGGAGGCGUCUUCAAAGACAUGUACUCCAAGCUGCCGGCCUCGAUCUCCUCGAGGUCUGGAUUCGAGGGCUGCCUGGCCUCUCUGGAUCUGGGAGAUGCCUCUCCCUCGCUGACCAGCGAUGCAGUGGUUCCCAGCUCCCUGGUGGUCAGUGGCUGCGAGGGACCCACCAAGUGCAGCCAGAAUGCCUGUGCCAAUCGGGGAAACUGUGUGCAGCAGUGGAAUGCCUAUGCCUGCGAGUGCGACAUGACCUCCUACACAGGACCCACCUGUUAUGAUGAAUCUAUUGCCUAUGAAUUUGGCAACAACAAGGGCAUGGUGCAGUACACCUUUGCCGAAAAUGCCCAAGCUGAUACCGAGGAGGACAACAUAGCCAUGGGCUUCAUAACCACCAGGCCUGAUGCAGUGCUCCUGCGGGUGGAGAGCGCCACCACGCAAGAUUACAUGGAGCUGGAGAUUGUGGAGGGCAACAUCUUCAUGGUGUACAACAUUGGGAGCGUGGACCUGCCGCUGGGCGAGAUCGGGACGAAGGUGAACGACAACGCCUACCAUGUGGUGAGGUUCCAGCGGAAGGGAGGCAAUGCCACGCUCCAGCUGGACGACUACAAUGUGCAGGCACUCACGCCGCAGAGCCACCACUCGACCGUGUUCAAUACCAUGUCCAACGUUCAGGUCGGCGGCAAGUUCAGUCGGAACGGCCGCAAUCGAAUCGAGCGGCCGUUCGCCGGCGUGAUUGCCGGACUGUCGGUGAACAAGUUGCGCAUUUUGGACUUGGCCGUCGAACGCGACCCCCUUAUCACCAUCCGCGGAGAUGUUCAAUUGGUAACUGGAGUAUUAGAUAGAAAUGAUCUGCAGAGAAUGCAGCAGACUUUGAACUCUACUCGACAGACGCCGGCAAGUGGUUAUCCGGGUGCGCUGGACGAUCUGAUCUUCUCGGGAGCCGGAUCCGGAUGUCGCGGCGAUGACGAGGACGAGUGCACGCCGCCAUUUGAGUCCGGGAGCGGGGAUGAUCUGAUCACGCCGGUGUAUGUGCCGCCCACCAAGCAGACAACCACCUCCCAGCAGGGGAAUAACCUGAGUACCGGUGGCAACAACAGUGGCGGAGCCAAUACGAAUGGCACGGAGCGGGCCUGCGACGACGAGGACUGCGUCCAUGGAUCCGGGGACUACGGGGAGACCACGGAGCAGUUCACCUCAACGAGCACGGCCAGGGGUUCAGAAUCCAACAAUGAGAUGGUCACGAUCACCACCACGGGACGCAGUGAUGUGACCACGGAGCAGCAGCAUGGCAGCAGUAGCACCGGCAGCAGCGGCAGCACUCCAUCCUACGCCACCACCCAGUCCUCGAGCAGCAGCAGCGGAGGAGGAGGAGGAGGAUCGGGGAGCAGCACGCCGCAGGGCCAAGUGAGCACCACCAGCAGCGUGGCCAGCACAUCCACGCAACGGGCCACCAGCAGCAGCACCAGCUCGAGUACCAGCACCACGUCCACAACCUCGACCACCACCACCACACAGGCCACUCCGCCGCCGGAGAUCCGGAGCACGGUCACGGAGCGGGACACCACCACGUACGAUGUGUAUGUGGCCGGUGGUGGCUUGGGCGGAUCCGGCCGCAAUGAUCACGAUCGCAUGCAGCUGCCCGAUGAGCACCACCCGCUGCCACCACUCCCGCCACCGAUUCCGCCGCAGGAUCCCCCGCCCUACGGACCCUACGGUGGCAACAACUACAACACCAACAUUAACAACUACCGACCGAAGGGCAAGGGCGGCAGGAUCAACUCGAUUGAGGAGGAACGCACCGCCAUGAUUAUAGGCAUAGUGGCAGGGAUACUCAUCGCAGUGGUGCUGGUUAUCCUGCUGGUCCUGUGGCUCAAGUCAAACGGGGAUCGUGGCUACAAGACGGAGAGUGAGAAGGCGGCCGCCUACGGGUCGCACAAUCCCAAUGCUGCUCUGCUGGGGAACACCAGCACCAAUGGGUCGUACCACCAGCAGAGGCAGCACCACAUGCCGGGAGUGGGAGGAGGUGGUGGAGGGGCAGGACAACAGCAGCACCAUGGCCAGCAACAGAUGCACAAUGGCCACAACGGAAACGGAAAUGGAGGCGGCGGCGGUGGAGGCGGAGGCGGCAUGAUGUCCAGCGGAAGUGGGUCGCUGGGAUACGGCAGCGAUGGACGACCCCAGAUGGCGGGCCUGGUCCAACCGAAGGCCAAGAAGCGCGACUCCAAGGACGUCAAGGAGUGGUAUGUGUAAGGCGACGCGGUCGCAAGGAAUUAUCGUCAAAUUAGCAAUAAAUGCAAAUAGUGCAAAGCGAGCCGAAAGUGAAAGUCCCCCCUAAGAUACACAAACACACACACAUAAGCGUAUAUAAAUAUAUAUUUAUUUAGCAGCCUCAUAAAGUUAAUUAAACAAUUAGAAGCGGAAGCAGUCGGACACUGGGUGUACAAACGGAAGAGCCAGGAUAAUAAUGAGUGGGUAAUAAGCUGUAACCGAUUAACUAUGGCUGAUUACGUUAGCUGCAAGCAGAAAGCAGAAGGACACGCAAAUACUUUAGACAAGUGCAUCUGGCCAGGAGCAUUGGUUCACCCUAAAAGUAACGUUUAGAAUAGCCUAAGAAAUUAUAGCUUCAACUCAAGACUUGCUAAUAGAGAUCUACCACUGGAGAGCAGCCACAUCCAUCAGCGAAUAAGCAUAUGAAUUACACUAAACGAAUACAAACUAUAUAUAUUAUAUAUAUCACAACGUUACGAUAAAUUAUGCCACUAGCCAAUCAAGUAAUUGUGUAAAAUAUUUCGCCACAAAGUAUGCUAUGAAAAGUUCGAAGGAAGAAAACCCAAUUAAACUGCAAAUCUUCUAGCAAAAACCACUAAACAAUUUAGCAGAAAUUCAAUAUAAACGUACUUAAAUAUAUAUAUAUAUUUAUAUGUAAACUUAAAGUAAUGAGGUUCUGAAUGGGUUUUUUUCUUCGCGUGUAAAGUUACAAAAUGUGGUGCUGUAAACGUAGGAGACAAAAACAUUUGUUGACUACAAUAAUAAUAAUAUUAAUACUAAUAUGAGGAAUGCAAGAAUUUAUGCUACAGAUUGUUUGUUGAAUUGAAACCGGCUUUAAUUAGUUAAAAUGUAAAUGAGAUAAUACUGAAGGACAAGUAAAAGAAAUCAAAGAAAACAAAAGAAAAACGGAGGACACAGUAGAUACCCACGAUUUGGUUGACGUAUACGUGAUGCGACUUUUUCGUUUGCGUGCAGCAACUUGAUGCGACCUUUGUGUUAGUCCCUUCCACUCCCGAGCCCAACACAUAUACUUUUUAUAUGUAUUUGAGACUAUAUGUUGUCACCGACCUGCGUGCAAUAUGAACUCAGACAUAUCAAGGAAAAGACAAGACACAAUCACACACCAAACAUGCGGCACUCUAAAAAGAACACUGAAGCGAACCUACCUAGCUUUUCUACUACAACUGCUAUUCAAUGUGAGCGAACAUUACUUUACCGUCGAGAGAACGAGGAAAUCAAGCAACAAUUUUACAGUAUUAUAGCAGCUUUAAGCGUAUUUUUCGAAGCCAACGUGACGUAUACACAAUCUGCAGUCACCAGCACACUCACACCCACAAGCUUACACCCACACAGACACACCAGCACACAUACAGAAGCGAGAUUCGAUUUUCCGCAAGCCGCCAUUAAAUUCUGUAUACAUAUACAAUCGCAUAUAUCAUUUUGAUGCGCUUUAUUCAAAUUUUUGCCUCACUAUCAAUACCAAUUAGUGUAUCAUUUUGGAUUAGAUAUACAAAAUACCUAUAUACACUCGAUAUACUAACUAAUACACGCACACUCACCUCACUCACACUCUCACUAAGUCACUCAUUUCAACACUAGCGAAAUUACUGGACAUACUUCUCUCAAAUUCUUAAAAGAAAAAAGGCGAGGUAUGCUGUAUAUACCUAGGAAAGUACUAUAUAUACACGAACAUAUAUAUAUUUAACAACUAAAAAACAUAUAUACUGCAUUUCAAAAAACUUUUGAUAUAUUUUCGAGUUUUUUAAAACCCUUAACUUGUAUACAAAAAGGAAGCGAAAGGCGAAAUCACGAGACAAACUAGCGAAUCUAGCUGAAAUGAACACCUAGGACAAUUACAAUUACAAGUGCAUAGCGAAACACAGUACAUACAGUACAGUACAUAGGCAGACAAACAUAAUUAUAUACGCAUACAUUCAAACUAUACUAUUUAUAAAUGUACAUCUAUACAACAUAUACAUAUACGAGUAUAAUAAACGAACAAUGAUUAUUAUGUAUUACGUCCCUUCGAUUUGAUAAUGAAUCCGAACGAGAAACCACAAAUUUUAAAAGCUGUUGAUAACCAAAACCAUUCCCACUUAUAAAUGUAACACUCUCUCCCGAUAACUUUCUCUCUAUCUCUUCACAAUGUUAAUGCUGCACAAUGAAAACUCUGCAUUUAAAGUAAACCACAAACGAUUAUUCAUUUCAAGAUUCAAGAGAAAACCAAAUUAAAUAUAACUAAUUAUACAAAUUUGCCUUGCGAAUUAUCAGCGAGCACACGAUAUUAAAUCCAGAAUGGGAAUUAAAUAUAUGUAUCCGCGAUCGAGAUAUCGGAUCGGCACGCUCCCCAAAAGUAAAAAUCUUCUUCAUUGUUUCCCAAGAAAUUACAUUUUAUUAGAGAUCAAAAGCAAAUCAAGGUAAAUGUUAUGUAUGUAUGAUAAAGUGACAGGAUCGUAAAGGACGAGUACAGUUAGUUGUAUGGGUAACAGUAACAUAGUUAAAGCAUGUAACGUAAUAGUUCAAGGGUAGAAAGGUCAAGAGCAGGGUGCGAGUGGGAGUGCGAGUGGGAGCGCAUAUGGCGAGGAACGAUCGCGAGUAUCGGUACUAAAACUUACUUCUACUUAGGCUUAAUAUCAUUGUUAUCUAAUCUAUACAUAUAUAUAAACCGACACACACAACUCCCCCACAUAUAACAGAGAAUAUGUAUAUGAACAUGUAUUGGACGCGCGGCGCUUGAGCUGUGCCUACUUAUAUAUAUAUUUAACAAAUUGUAACGUGUAUGUAUAUGUAGCGGCAGUGAUUGUUAAAGAAAUUGCUUUGUUUUGUGUUAGAUUUUAUAAUUUACGAGAAAAACAAAAAACCAAAAAUUGUAAAACGCAUACAAAUACAGAAUGACUGACAAAACACAGAAUUAUAACAUUGCAUAUAAUAAAUACAAUAAAAAUAUAAUUGAAAAAAA